AUGUCCACCAAGACCCCCGUCCUCACCGACAAGGCCCCCAAGCCCCUCCCUGGCAUCUACUCCCAGGCCAUUGUCGCCAAUGGUGUCGUAUACUGCUCCGGCGCUGUCCCUAUGGACGCUGCCACUGGCAAGCUGAUCGACGGAGAUGUCAAGGCCCACACUCACCAAUGCAUCAAGAACCUGACCCACAUCCUCGAAGAGGCCGGUACCGAUAUCACAAAGGUCGUCAAGGUCAAUGUCUUCCUGUCUAACAUGGAUGACUUUGCCGAGAUGAACUCCGUGUACAUGCAAUACUGGGGCGAUGUCAAGCCCUGCCGAACCUGUGUUGCGGUCAAGACCCUCCCUCUUAACACCGAUGUUGAGAUCGAGUGCAUUGCCGUCCUUUAA